AUGUCUGAAGCUUUUGAAGUUAGUACAGGAUUAAAACAAGAAGAUUCGCUCUCACCUACCUUAUUCAAUUUAGCCUCGGAGAAAGCCAUAAGGGAGUUGCAAAUGGAAACUACGGGGAUAGCGAUAGGCCAACAGUUAAUACAAGUACUUGGUUUUGCUGACGAUUUAAAUAUCUUAGAAAACUCCGUAGAAGAUACGGAAAAAGCAGUUCAAGUGCUCGAACGAGCAGCCAGUAAAUUAGGUUUAAAAAUUAAUAUGGAAAAAACAAAGAAAAUGGAACUACUAGGCGAGGAAGACAACACUUCUACGGGAUCCCUAGCUUUCAAAAAUGUUAAUGAAUUUCGGUAUCUAGGUGCAGUACUGAGUAAAAACAAAGACUGGGCUAGGGAAAUAUGUGUAAGGAUAAUAAAAGCAGAAAUAGCAACUUUUGCUCCAAAUAAAUAA